AUGAGCGUCAUCGUCGCCGAAGCCGAGAAGCGCACGCAGACAUAUCUGCCAAAGAUCGAGAAUGGCCGGACGCUGACAGCCACGUCGCUGGCCGCGCUCAGCAAGGAGUUGCCAGCCUUCAAGCAGAUCACGGGCAAAGUACGCGACGUGUAUGUGUUCGAGGACCGCGUGCUGUUGGUGUCCACUGACCGCCAGUCGGCCUUUGACCGCGCAUUGGCUUCAGUGCCCUUUAAGAGUCGCGUGCUGACGCUCACGAGCGUCUGGUGGUUCAACCAGACCAAGCAUAUUGUGGCCAACCACCUGCUUGGUGUGCCACACCCGUCCGCCAUGCUCUGCAAGAAAUGCACAGUCUUCCCUGUGGAAUUUGUGGUGCGUGGCUACAUCACGGGCUCCACGAGCACGAGCAUGUGGACCAACUACAAGAACGGUAGCCGCGACUUCUGCGGCCACAAGCUCCAGGACGGCUACAAGCAGCACCAGAAGCUGCCGCAGAACCUCGUGACGCCCACGACCAAGGACGACGAGCACGACGAGUUGAUUUCGGGAGUCGAGAUUGUCAGUAGCGGCCGCAUGACCCAGGAGCAGUGGGACUACUGCGAGAAGAAGACGCUCGAGCUGUUCGCCUUCGGUCAAGAGCAGGCGGCUAAGCGCGGAUUGAUACUCGUGGACACCAAGUACGAGUUCGGCUAUGACGAGGCCACGGGUGAGAUUCUCCUUAUCGAUGAGAUUCACACGCCCGACUCCAGUCGCUACUGGCUGGCGGACUCGUACGAGCAGCGCAUGGCUGAGGGCAAGUCGCCUGAGAACAUCGACAAGGAAUUCCUCCGUUUGUGGUUCAAGGAGCGAUGCGACCCCUACAAUGAUGCCGUCCUUCCGGAGGCCCCCAAGGAGCUUGUGAGCGAGCUCUCGCGCCGCUACAUUCUGCUCUACGAGCUCAUCACCGGCUCAGAGUUCGAGUUCCCUGCCGUUGAAAUCAAGCCCGAAGACGAGCUGGUCGAGGGCGUCCGCAAGACUCUGUUGUCUCAGUAGACUCAGCAAGGUCUCUCAGAUCUAAUACAUUUUGCAGGAUCUGUUUUUACGAAUUA